AUGGCAUCUUUGAUAUUUCGCAAAGAAUUCUCUGAAGUUGAUUACAAUAGUCUUCAACAAAGCAUAAUAUUAUGGUCCAGAUUAGUCGCAAAGUUAGAGGAUUAUACAAAAAAAAAUGAACUACAAAUUACUAGUCUAGAAAGUGUUCUUAAUGAUGACUUGUUUGCUGAACUUGAACGCGUAUAUUAUGAAGAACUUAAUUGUGCUGAACAUCUUACUUCACGAAAAGUAGAAUAUUAUAAGAGUAUUAGCUAUACUAUAGUUAAUAAGGAUAAUCAACUUGAUAUAACUCUUCGUAUUCAAACGAUUUUUAUUCAUACAAAAAGACAAUUUGAUAUUUCAUUUCUACUGUUAGAUUGGUUUAUUCCAUUAGAAGUUGAUGAUCCAAAAUUAGGUUGCCCAUGUUACAGACUUCAAUGA